AUGCCUACACGAAGAGCAGCAAGAGGUCGUCCCGCUAGAAGGAAUGUAGAGGAACCAGAGUUGCCCAAUGCACCUGAAGUGCAACCUCAAGGGGAAGUUAUUAACGCUGAGUUCCACGAAGCCAUUAGGAUGUUAAGACAAGAGAAGGGACCUGCACCAUCAUUUGGUAGUGCACCUGCACCAAGAAACAAAGGUGAUUAUCAUGGACAGUAUUUGCAAAACUUCAAAGCUAGACUAGCAAAAUCUGAAGGUAGUGUGGCACAAGGAGGUUUAUGGGCUCCUGCAUGUGUUAAGUGUGGUAGGACCCACAAAGGUAAGUGUCGGGAUCGCCAGACAGGUUGUUUCAAGUGUGGUGAAAAAGGCCAUUUCAUGAAAGAAUGCCCUAAGAAUAACCAAGGUAGUGGAAAUUAUGGAAAUAGAGACCAAUCAUCAUCAGUUGCUUCAGUAGACAGGGCUGCACCAAUAGGAUCUACUUCCGGUACUAGCGGAGGAGAAAACUGCCUCUAUGCGAUCACUAGUUGCUAA